AUGGACCCUCACCAUUCACCAACUGGUAAAGCCGCGUCAUCUACGAAGAGUGUGGAGACUGCCCCUAAGAACUCGUCCACUAAUAACAAUGCCAAUAACAAUAAUAGUAACAUUAACAAUAAUCAUGACAUACUAAACUUUAAUGACAACUAUACAACCAUCCUGCAACACUUGGCAAACGACCAUCCUAAUUUAUUGAGGGAAAAGGGGAGCUCGCAACAGCAGCAGCAGCAGCAGCAGCAGCAGCAGCAGAACCUGGAUACGCUUUUACAUCAUUAUCAAAGCUUGAUUUCUAAAAGCGAUAAUGCGGCAGCUUUUGAGGACAAUGUUAACAAUAGCACCGACAAUAAUGCUCAUAGUAAUAACAGCGCCAAUAACAAUAAUAAUAACAUAGCAAGUCCAAGCAACCUGAUGGGAUCCUGUAACCAAUGUAAAUCGAAGAAAUUAAAAUGCAACUAUUUUCCUGACCUAGGUAAUUGCCUUGAAUGUGAAACCAACAGAACUAAAUGUACUUUCAACAGCACGCCAAAUUACUUGAAGAGAACGUCUUCUAAUGCAAAUAAUAAUUUUACAGCUUCUUCGCAUUCCAAACGAAUGAAGAAUCUUGAAGAAUAUCCGAAUCGCCUACCUAGCAGCAUGCUGUAUAGACAGCAACAGCAGCAACAGCAGCAACAGCAGCGCGUACAAUACCCUAGAUCUUCAUUCUUCGUGGGGCCUACCUCAGUUUUCGAUUUGAACUUAACUAAACAUGUAAGAUUAGACAACGUGGACCAAAUACAACUAUCGAAAACAUUAUCAUUAAGAAAAGUUUCUCCCACAGCACAGUUCAUCCUACAGGACGAUUUUGACUCUGCUCUCCAUAGCAAACAAGAAUACGAGGUUGAUCUAGUGGAGAAUCUAGUGCAUCCGCAUGGUCAUCUAUUAGUAGAAAUUUUUUUCAAAUUAAUUCAUCCCUUCCUACCGAUCCUACAUGAACGUGUCUUUUUAGAGAAAUACUCUAGGUCUUAUAGGGAACUCACAGCACCUUUAUUGGCGUCCAUCUACUCGCUAGCAUUACAGUAUUGGGACUUCCACCCUGCUCUGUUAGGAUUUCCUAAACCAGAUGUCGUAUCUCAGCUAAACAGUAUCGCGCUAGACACGUUUUACACUCGAGUUGGAAGACCAAAAUUAAGCAUUAUUCAAACCGGUCUUUUAAUCUUGCAAUGCCGCAGCGAGUGUCAUAACAAUUGGGUUCUUUGUUCCAGUGUAGUAGCCCUUGCAGAGGAACUGGGCCUUGGUGUGGAAUGUAAUGACUGGAAACUGCCCAAAUGGGAAAAGGAUUUGAGGAAGAGAUUGGCCUGGGCGGUUUGGUUAAUGGAUAAAUGGUGUGCAUUGAAUGAGGGAAGACAAUCUCAUUUGAUUCUAGGGAGAAAUUGGAUGAUCAAGCUGUUGAAUUUCGAUGACUUCCCUAUCAAUUCACCAACUAUCCUAAAUUCUUUACAAAACGACCAAUCGGCAUCUUCGCCUUCUUCGUCAGGCGAUGUGAGAAACCAUCAAAUAGCAUUUGGCAACUUACCCAUAUUUAAUAUGAACCCUUCUUUAGAGGAUUUCAAGAAUGGAACGCUGAUGUUUCAACAAAUGGUCUCUUUGAGUAUUGUUCUUGGAGAAAUCAUGGACACGUUUUACACUCAGGGGUCACUGACUAUAAACAAAAGUAUUGAACAAGUAUUAAAAUUGGCAAAGCCAUUGCAAUUGAAACUAAGAGAAUGGUACCAUUCGUUGCCCAAAAAUUUGUCGAUGAGCUAUUCCACACCGCAAAAAUUCAAUUCAAAUUCUACUUUAACUUUAGCUUAUUUUGCGACAGAAAUCACACUACAUAGGAAAAUCAUCUGCGCCUUAACCCCCCAAACACCAAAGGAACUGGUCCAAGUAUGCAGGACUGCAGCAAGAACAAGGCUUGUUGCCGCAAUUGAAUUCAUAAGAGAUCUUAAAAAUGAGCACAUCAACUCCUUUUGGUACAAUUGUUCCACGGGAAGCCUGAUGCUGAUUGGUACAUUUGCUGCUCUAUUGUAUGUGACUUCAACAACAAAGGAGGAGGCAACGAUUUUUAGAGAUUACCUCAGAAAUUAUAUUUGGGUAUUGAAGAUCGGGUCCAAGUAUUUUGAAAAGUUGUCAAAUGCUUUGAAUAAUAUGCAUUUAUUGUUUGCCCAAAUUCCUGGUUUAUUAACCGAUGAACCAAUGGGCUUGAGCCCUAACUCCAACAUCAAUGCUGUCAACCUGCCACGGUCUGGCACCCAAUCGCAAAUCCCAAUUCAGUUUAAUGUGGGGUCUCCUGCGAUAACUGAGCAAGGUUCACCACUAAACCAGUGGAAAAAUCUACCCCAAGAAAUCCUGCAGCAGUUGAACUCCUUUCCAAACGGUACAACCACUACAACAACACCAAUGAACCCUACUCCAAGGCAAACGCAAUUAGAAUCUCAAGGGAGUCCGACUGUAAACAGCGCUAAUAACAACAGUAACAAUACACCCUUACCGUUGAUGCUGAAUAAACCCUACAAAAGGACUGCUCACUCUUCACCGAACGUUACACCUUCGCAUAUGAAUAAACACCCAGCAUCUAAUACGUCUUCGCCAAGAGUUAAUUCCAUUGCGAACGUGAACUCCAAUACACAAAUGAAUGCCUCACCCUUGAGCUCUAUACACGAACCCAGACAAGAUUCAACAAGUGUCGUAGCAAACGAAACAUCUAUAGGAAUGGAAAGGUCCCCCAAUGAGCAUUCAUUAGCAGAACUCAAAGGCGACAAUUCAAACCUAAAAGAGGAAUCAAGUGCGGCUGACAACCAAACUAUAGAAAUGAAUGAAGUCAAUGAUAAAAAUGUAACAAUUAACACAAAGGAAACCCCUCUGUAA